GUAGCAUAGACGAGCUGUGCUUCACACCCACCAGCAGGGCGCACCAGGCUGAGCCGAGCGCUGCUGUGUGAGCUCGGGAUCAUGGUGGAGAUGGGCUGAGGGCUGCGCACCUCAAAGCACAUAUAUCUCCGAAAAGGCAGGAGUUGGGAAUAGUUUGCGGUCAGAGCCCCCCACACCCACCCAUGCCUUACGUGGACCGGCAGAACCGCAUCUGUGGUUUCCUGGACAUCGAGGAAAAUGAGAACAGUGGCAAGUUCCUGCGUCGCUACUUCAUACUGGACACACAACAGGGGAGCCUGGUCUGGUUCAUGGACAACCCACAGAACUUGCCUGUGGGAGCGGCGUGUGUUGGGUCCCUCAAACUCACAUACAUCUCCAAGGUCAGCGAUGCCACUAAGCUGAGGCCCAAGGCAGAAUUCUGCUUUGUGAUCAAUGCUGGAAUGAGGAAGUUCUUCCUUCAAGCCAAUGAUCAGCAGGACCUGGUGGACUGGGUCAAUGCUCUGAACAAAGCUACCAAGAUCACUGUGCCAAAGUCGUCUGAUGCCCAACACAACUCAGAGAACCAGAGAAGCUUGCCAGAUGUUGUAGGAACCAAGAAACAAGUCUCAUAUAGGACAGAGAUCAUCGGAGGAGUCCCCAUAGUUACACAGACACAACAGGAAGGGGCAGAUGGAGCAGAAAAAGGCGACCGCGAGGCCAUGCAGCGCUCCCACAGCCAGCUGCCGUACUUCCUGGGGAGGCCUUCUCAGGAACACACAGUCAUCAAAUCUGGAUACUGUGUGAAGCAAGGAGCUGUGAUGAGAAACUGGAAAAGACGCUACUUCCUCCUGGAAGAAAAUGCUAUGAGCUACUUUAAAUCUGACUUGGAAAAGGAACCCCUCCGAAUGAUUCCACUAAAAGAAGUUCACAAAGUCCAAGAGUGUAAACAGAGUGAUAUCAUGAUGCGAGAUAAUCUGUUUGAAGUCGUCACCACAACUAGGACUUUUUACAUACAGGCUGACAGUCCAGAGGAGAUGCAUAGCUGGAUCAAGGCUGUGUCAGGGGCUAUUGUAGCCCAAAGAGGACCUGGAAGAUCUGCUGCAACAGAAAACAGCGGCCGCACCACUGCAUUCUACCGUACACCCGCGGGCCCCCCCCUCCCUCGCUCGCCCAUAUCUGCCGUGCCACCAUGUUUCCCAGACUGGGGGUCACGCCCACAGCCUGGCCUGGGACAGCGAGCACUUCAUGAGCCUGCUGCCUCGGCCCAGCCAUGUGCCAGCGCGCCUGUCCCUGCAAGAGACGCACCUAGCAAAGUGACCUGCCAAUCAUCCACCACCUCUACCACAGUAACCGCCGAAUGUGAGGAGUCACCAUGGCGACGGAGGAGCAGCUUUGAGCCCAUAAUGCCUGAACUUCCCUUAAAUCUCGAUGACGCUGACCUGCCCGUGAGUCUGGUCUGAGCCUUGUAGCAGAGUCUUUACCUAUUGAAUUACUGGUGCGUAUAUUUUGAACUGUACACUAUACUCCAUUUGGAAAGUCCUCAAGAAAAGCAUCUGAACUGUGCAACCCACUCAUCACUUUGCCUGUCCUCUAUGUUGAAAACAGUGUAUUUAUUACCCUACUUAAUGUUGUUUUAAUCUUUUAUUUACAUGUGCCAUGGGAAUUCAGUGCAUCAUUGUAUUUUGUUUUAGCACAAACAAAAAUCUCUUAAACAAUUCAUGUGCUCCAGAGACUUUUAAACCACGUUUUCCAUUAAGGGAUAUUUUAAUAAUCCACUUAUUCUUUGUGAAAUAGAGGGACCUAAUGUAUUUUUAUGCAAGUUGCCACAAACACACACAUACCACCCCACUAAUAUGCUGUUUGUAGGCCUGUCACGAUAAAUACUAUAUUGACUUAUCGUUCAGUAUAUAAUGGAUGGAACAAUAAUUUUUGGGAGUCAAUAUUUAUCAUUUUAAUUUGUACUAGAGGGAAUUUUUCAGCAGUAUGAUAAGAUUUGAGAUGUAGAUGGUUGAAUUAUGAACUAAAACUACACAAUUUAAAGUAUUACAUUCUGGUAUUUUGGUAUUCUCCUAUUUAGUUGCAGGUCAUGUUUUUGAACAAUACUGCACAUUUAGAAUAGUUUAUUGUGGAUAAUUUUGCUUUAUGGUUUGGUUUUAAUAUUAUCAUUUAUCGUCUACAUUUACUUAAGCAGUAUAUUACACUUCAACAUUUGUCAUCGUGACAGGCCUAACUGGGGCUCCACAUAAAAUUCUGACCAGCAGUUGUUUUUCAGUGCUAAUUAAAAGUCAUUAAGUCAGGUCUGACAGAGUAAUAGAGAGUACACUUUCUGCGUGUGAAUAAAAAUGCCAACAGUAUCUUAAUAUUUAAAACAACAGUGUGUGUAAGUGUGUAAAGUAGCAUACACCUUGGCGUUUUUGUCCUCUGGUGGUAGAGAUGUGAAAAUGCUCUGCAAAACAAACAUCCUUGUAGCCUUUUUGAACUUGUACAGAAUAGAUACAGAUAAAUGAUGGAAGCUAAUGGUUUUUUUUUGGUUUUUUUGUACAACCUAAUAGUUAUGCUCAAUCAAAUGUGUGUUGUAUAAAUAUACCACUUUUUGUUACCUUGUAAGAUGUGUGGAAAUUAACAUUGUGUACUUUUACUUUUUAUUCACUGUUUACCCAGUAGCAGGCAGCUUCAUUUGUCCCACUGAAUUUCUCUUUGUUUUAUCAUUUUAGCGUCUGCUUUUCUUUAACUAAAUAAUCAAAGCUACGCAACAGCAUCUCUGUCCAAUCUGAUGUCAUUCUUUGGAUCUGUGUCUAUUUAUUUUAUGGAUGACUUGAAAGAAAUAAACACUGCAAAUGUG